AUGGAUUUAUUGUGGGGAGUGGCCAGCUCAGUUUCAAGAGGCCGCCACCUCACAGGCAGGCCGGUCACAGGACUACAGCCUAACCCGCCUAAUACGUUGUACGGAGUUCGUGUACGCUUAUCGGCCCUGCGGGGUAGGAGGGUACACAAGCUGGCCUCGCGGUACGAUCUCAGCGUCGAUUCGUCCACCUUUGAGACGCGGGUAGCCGAAGUCUCGUCGGACGAGCCGCUGCUGUUCGAAGCCAUCCUUACCCUCUCCCUUGUGCAUCUCUGCAAACCCAUUGCCAGGUCUUGUCGUGAAUCUGCGGAGUUCCACCACAGGCACUGCAUCGCGCUACUCAUCGGUCUCGACAAGGGGCACCAGCUGCUCGAAGAUGGCGUAGCUCUUGCGGCAGCCUGCCCUCUGCGGGCGUACGAGUUCAUCGACGGCCAGAUUAUCAAUGCCGAGUUCAGUGCUACCAUUGAGCUGCAGAAUCUUGUCGCACUUUGUCUUAGCUAA